AUGAAUGCACCUGUAAAUUGGGUGCGCUCGUCUCUUCAGCUAUUCUUGCUUGCAUCGUCGUUCUCGACAUUCUUGGCAGAUGCGCGCUAUAUCGACGCCGACAAGCGACAGGAAGCUACACCUACUUCGACUGCUGUCUCUACCGCUGCUCCGGCUUGCCCAGGCUCAGACGGCGUCACUUACAAGCUUGCCAGCGGCUCCACUUUCCUCGUUGAAUGCAGCGUUGACCGAAUUGCCAAUGACCUGAAAACCAUAGACCCUGCUGCCAAUUUCGCUGCCUGCAUCGCCGCGUGCGACACUACCGCCAACUGCAAAGGUGUGUCUUACACCGGCGGAGCGAGUGGUGGCCCCUGUUACUUGAAGUCUGCUGCGGGUAGCGGUUCCACCAACGCGGGAGUCUGGGGAGCUCAAUUGGUUGCCAAGGGAUCUGCUGCAUCCUCGUCGGCGGCUGCAUCUUCGAGUACUGGUCCCACUGGGGGCGCUUCUUCUAGCAUGACUGGCCCUGCUUCAAGCUCUACGGCCAGAGCCCCUUCCGCUAGCGUACCCGCUGGCUGGGAGCUCAAGGGGUGCUAUGUCGACAGUGUCAAUGCCAGGGCUAUGAACAAUCUGCAGCCCGAUGAUGCCGACCAAACUGUCGAGAGCUGCGUCAACACGUGCAUUGGCCUCGGCUAUACGGUUGCCGGUAUGGAAUACGGUGUGCAAUGUUUUUGCGACAACUACCUCCGUAACGGCGCCGCGGAGGCGGAUGCUGGCGACUGCAGCAUGGCUUGUCCCGGUGACUCUUCGGAGAAGUGCGGCAAUGGAGACAGGCUGUCGAUCUGGUCCAACGAUGAUCUGAAGAUCUAUCAGCCUCCAGCUGCCCAGAACACUAGUCUUCCAGGUAACUGGGAGUAUGUUGGCUGUCUCCUGGACAGUGCAGUCGCCCGGACGUUCCCGUACGAGCUUGUUCUGGACCAGAACAACACUGCUGAGAACUGUCUCACUCAGUGCUCCAACUACGGCUACGCUCACGGUGGAAUGGAAUACGGUACCCAGUGCUACUGCGGUGACGCGUCAGAUAUCGAUGCCGCUGGCGCCACCCUGCAAGACGAAGCCGAUUGCAACAUGGCAUGCUCCGGAAAUGCUACCUACAUCUGUGGGGCUGGUGACCGCAUCAGCUACUACAGGUGGGGUAGCGACGAUCCGCUCUAUGUUUGGGAGUACCCGGAGGGUAACGAUGCGGGCGAGUACUCCCUGCUCAUUGGUGGAGUGGUCAUCCCACUUGUUAGCAUUCCUGCCCGUAACGGCAAAGUCGUCUUCGUCGAGAAAUUCGGAACCGGGCCAGGGAACAGCACGGGCGCUUAUGAACUGGACCCCACCCUUGUUGACGAUUUUACCGCUGCUUGGAGGACAAUGCACGUCAAAACGGAUGUUUUCUGCUCCGCAGGUGUAACACUUCCGGAUAGGGCAGGUCGUUUGCUGAACGUUGGUGGAUGGUCUGCAGACUCUCUGGAGGGUGUCCGCUUGUAUUGGCCGGAUGGUGUCCCUGGCACACCCGGCACCAACGAUUGGCAGGAGAACGUCCAAGAGCUUGCGCUGCAGGUUGGCCGCUGGUACCCGUCGGCAAUGGUGAUGGCGAACGGUUCAAUCUUGGUCGUUGGUGGCGAGGAUGGUUCCAAUGGCCCACCUGUACCAAAUAUGGAGGUCCUCCCCAGGCCCGCGGGUGGUCACCUCGUGGACGCUGACUUCCUCAGUCGCACUGAUCCUUACAGCACUUACCCGUUCCUCGUUGUCCUACCUAGCGGUGGCAUUUUCAUCUCGUACUACAACGAAGCACGUAUUCUGGAUGAGAACUCUCUCACCACUAUUAAGGAGCUGCCCAACAUCCCCGGCGCAGUCAACAACUUCCUCGCUGGCCGCACAUACCCCUUCGAGGGCACCACAGUCCUGUUUCCUCAGCAUGCUCCUUACACUGAUCCCCUGAGGGUGCUUAUUUGCGGUGGUUCCGCCCCUGGACAGGCACCGGGUCUUGACAAUUGUGUCCACAUGACGCCCGAUGCGCCGGAGGACGGUUGGGUCAUCGAACGUAUGCCAAGCAAACGUGUCAUGUCUUGUAUGACCGCCCUGCCCGACGGAACCUAUCUGAUCCUCAACGGCGCCUCGAGGGGCGAGGCAGGCUUCGGUCUCGCAACUGGUCCCAACCUCAACGCCAUUCUCUAUGACCCCACGAAACCGCUACACCAUCGCUUCAGCGUCAUGGCCAACACUACUGUAGCCCGUAUGUACCACAGCGAAGCGACACUUAUGGAUGAUGGUCGCGUCGUUGUCUCCGGCUCCGACCCGCAAGACGACCGCUACCCGCAGGAAUAUCGCAUUGAAGUUUUCACGCCUCCGUACAUCCUCUCCGGUGCCGCUCGACCAGCAUUCACCGUCUCCUCAAAUGACUGGGCCUACGGUGAUGACGUUACUUUCACCCUCACCAGUGCCACUACCGGCAACAUCCGCGUCUCCCUACUUGGUGCUGUCACUUCGACCCACGGCAACAGCAUGGGACAACGCACCUUUUUCCCGGCGGUGUCAUGCAGCGGCACCACUUGCACCGUGACGGCGCCACCUAACAAGUACAUCUGCCCGCCCGGCUGGUUUCAAGUGUUCGUUCUUGACGGCCCUACGCCCAGCCACGCCACGUGGGUACGCAUUGGCGGCGACCCGGCUGAGCUCGGUGAGUGGCCGGCAUACGAUGACUUCACAACACCUGGUCUAGGCGCGGUGCUGCCGACCACGAGUGAUGUGGAAGAGAGUAGGAUCGCGACCUCGAAUGUCACGAUGGGGAUUUAA